GUUGCAUCCAAAGCGAUCAGUUAAGCACAGAUAUUGGUCUGCGACGGAUCAUCGCAUUAAAAUUAAACAAAAAGAAGACAUUUUGCCUUUUUGAAAAGUCAAAAACAAAAAAAAGUUUAAGUUACAAGAAAUAUUAUAAAUUAUAAACAUUUACGGAAUUUAAUAAUUGAGCAAUUUAUAUGUGCGUUGUUUGCUUUGUUGCUUAUUAAUUGCUUUCAAUUAGCUUGUUAUGUUGAAUUAACUGUGAAAAUCCAUUAUUUAUUUAUCUACCCAUAUCCUAAAAUAAAGUACAUAGUGAUAUUUAUUCAUGACCGUCCGUUUGUUUGGUUUAUUGUAAAAAGAUUCGCGAGAUUUGUUUAAGUUUUGUGUGUCUGUUUUUUUUUGUUUUGUAUGUUCGAAUACCAAAAAGAAACCAAUCAUGUAUAUCGCAAACUCUACUGGAGGACUUAUGCUUCAGACCAUGCUCUAUCUAGCCAAUCACUCUAGCAGAGCUGUCAACACACUUUAUGAUUUUCCACCAGCACCUAAAAGUGAUCUUAAUGAAGUCAAAUGUUACGGUGUAUAUGGGUGUUUUCCGUUGAAUGGCCCUUGGACGACAAAUACUCGCCAAAUAAAUGUUCAUCCACAGAAACCCUCAGAAAUUCAGCCACACUUCACAUUGUAUACAAGAAGAAGUUUUGAUUAUCCACUUUUCAUAGACUUAAAUGAUCCCGAAUCAGUGCGGAGCAUGGGAAUUAAUCCAGAGGGAAAAAUAUUUGUUAUAGCCCACGGAUAUCUAGAACGUGGUGAUAUUCCUUGGAUGAUUGAAUUGGGGAAAACUUUAAUGUUAAGCGAGCCAGAAGGCGGUGCAUCCGUGAUUUUGAUCGAUUGGGGUGGUGGUUCGAUCCCACCAUAUGUCCAAGCUGUGGCUAAUAUUAGGCUUGUUGGGAAUAUUGCUGCUCAUGUCAUUCAUAUGCUCUACGAAGAACUAGAAAUGCCAAAUUUAGAUAAAGUUCACUUCAUUGGCCAUUCUUUAGGUGCUCAUAUGGGCGGUUAUGCUGGCUAUCAUUUGCAAAGAGACUUCGGUCUUAAAUUAGCACGAAUCACUGGCAUGGACCCAGCGGCACCGCUUUUCUCCGAAACAGAACCAAUAGUUCGUUUGGAUGUGACUGAUGCAAAAUAUGUGGAUGUCAUUCAUACAGACGCAAAUCCAUUGAUGAAAGGCGGAUUGGGCAUUUACAAAAGUAUUGGGCACAUGGAUUUCUUCCCAAAUGGAGGUUUUGAUAAUCCUGGUUGUGGUCAAGGACUUCAUCAGUACAUAAAUAAUAAAGAAAAAUCAUUUUUCUUAAAUAUGCAAGAAUUUUUGGGGUGCAAUCACAUUAGAAGCUAUCAAUUUUUUACGGAGAGCGUAAGGACGAAAUGUCCGUUUGUGGGAAUAACGUGUGAUUCAUAUGAGAGUCUUAAGGCUGGCAAAUGCUCUAAAUGUGAUACAAAUGAUUUACACUGCAUAAGAAUGGGUCUCCAUAGUUAUGAAGACUACAUAGAUCUUUUAAAGGAACAAAAAAUCGAAGAAAACUCAACUUUGACAGCUUAUCUAAUGACUGGUGAAAAGAAGCCUUUUUGUCGGGUUCACUAUAAAGUCACUGUAAAAAUUUCAAAUUCCGACGAAAGUACCCUUCAUGGUGGUGAAAUUGGAACACUUUCCAUUCGUCUACAUUCUCAACGCAAACGAUUUACAGAUAAAAUCAAAUUCUCUGACGAACCACGUUAUUUCGAGCCAGGUGUCGAAUAUACAUCAAUGGUACCUGGACGUGAUUUAAAUAAUCCCACAUAUGCCGCCGUUUAUUGGGAAUAUCAAACUAAUCUAUUGAAUCCAUUAACGUGGCGAAUACUUUCGUCACCACGAAUUUAUUUGGAUUACAUUAUAAUAGAAUCUAUGGAGAAGGAUCUUUAUUUAAAGCUGUGUCCACGGCGGAAUGCACCUGUUUUAUCGGGCAGCGAAAAUAUUCUGGAUUCAAAAUAUUGUGAUGAAUAGAUGAAGGUAAUGCUCUUUCCGCAAUGCAUCAAUAUGUUCUUAGAAAAAGAUCUUGAACCAUCAAAUUUGAAAAGAAGGUUUCAGAAAUAAUGGGCAUUUUCAUUUUCUUAUCAGUUCGAAGUUUUUGUACUUUGGGUUUGUCAUACAGUAUUUGGUACUUAUGGACAAAAGUUUAUUUAAACACUCGUCUUACUAUAAGUUAAGAUCUAACGUCGAGAAAUGUUUUCUUAUGCUCAUAAUUUAAAUUAUUUAAAUCAUAUAUCAAUUUCUGAAACACUUUUUCUUUGUGAUAUACUCUUAGGUAGAAUGUAAUCACUAAAAUAAGCCGGAUAAUGUAGUGUUAUCCAAGACAAAAAAUGCAAAAAGGCGCUUAAAAGCGCAACUAUCCAAAAUGUGAAUAAAUUAAAUUAUCAAUUAAUCUUAAAAAUAAAUCUGUUUGGUCAGAGAGAACAUUUUUAAGGAUUUAAGUAACAAUAAAAUAUAAAUAAUUGCACUAUAAGCAACAAAAAAAAAAAAGAAAAGUAAGGGUCCCCAAAGUGGAUGUUAUUUGCUUGAAUUAGUGUUUUUAUUAUUUUAUUAGGUAUUGAAAAAUACAACAAUUAAAUUGUGUCCCUCCAAAAGUUCAUAAAUAUAUAUUUAUUAUUGAUAAAGAGAUAAUUUAAGUUCAUUAAUUUAUUUUGAAUUUUGGUUUUCAUAAAAUUCAUCACAUAACAUUUAGUUCUGGACAUUAUCAAUACACUAAAAUGUACACAAAUAAACUAUUGAAGAAAUAUUAUAAUUUAUGUAGAUCAUAUACAUAUUCGUAAAUAUUAAUAUUAUAUUGUAAGAUUUAAUUUAUAAAAAAGAUUUAAAAUUAAUUUUGUUGUAAUAGUUUAAAAAGUUAAUUUAAUGAAACUGUAUUUUAGUUGAUAAAAAUUUAAUAAACGAAACAGUUUAAAUAAGUA